GCAUGCAAAGAUUUGGUACUUCAUCCAUUCCCACAUUCCACAUUGGUCGUUCACUUUUACAAAAUAAUUGGGAAGAGGCUAUCGAUUUGAUCAUGAAACCACGAUCCGGAGAUCGUCAGGAUCUUCAAACAGCAAGGCAACAUUGGAUAGAGAAUCAUGAUGCGAAAAAGGCAUUAGAAUUGUUUCCCAAAAAAUGUAUUGCAGAGACUUAUAUAUUAAAUUAUUUUACAAAAACUGGUCAAAUUAAAGAUUACGCUGGGGCUUUUGCGACGAUACCAAGAAAUUUACGUCUUAUGUAUGUACAUGCGUAUCAGUCAUAUGUCUGGAAUAGUAUAGUUUCGGAGAGGAUACGUAUAUAUGGUUGUGAUGUUCCGGUCGUAGGCGAUUUAAUUAUUAUAGAUGAAGAUCCGGGUGCGAAUAUAAAUAGUGAUGAUAUAAUAGAUGAUAGUGUUAUUGUUAAUACAGAUGAUAAGAAGGAAAUUAAGGUGAAAAUACUCGCUGAAGAAGAUUUAAAGAACUAUUCAAUAUUUGAUGUGGUGUUACCUUUACCUGGAUAUUCUGUCGUUUAUCCGAAUAACAUCAUAUUUGAGAAAUAUAAAAAACUAAUGUGGAAAGAUCGGUUGGAUCCACGUGAAAUGCGAAGAAGUAACAAGGACUUUUCUUUAUCUGGAUCAUAUAGGAAAAUCAUGGGAAAGCCAAGCGAUUUAUCAUGGAAAUUUUUUAAAUAUGACGAUUCAAAUGUAUCAUUGGCCUUAACUGACUUAGAUUUGUUGGAUGGAAAGUCCGAACCAGAAUCAUUACCAGAUGGCAAAAAUCUUGCAUUAAGAAUCAACCUUUCUUUAGCAGCUAGUUCAUAUGCGACUAUAGUAUUAAGAGAAUUAAUGAAAACUACAGAGAAGAUAGAAGAUAAAGAAUUAGCACUUACUUAA